GCCGCCGCCGCCGCCGUGGACGACGACGACGACGACGACGUCAGGCGACGUCGACGACGUUCUCCGUCGCGUACCCCGCGCUACCAUCACCCACUCCGCUCGUAAUUGUAUCUGGACUUAAUUAUUGGGGCUGCCGAUUAACACUGCAAUCCUACGAAAUCCCAGAGCAACCCCAAUAAUUGGAAAAUGUCCGGAUUCGCAGCGGCGGGUCUCGUAGCUUUUGACUCUUUUAAGACGAAGGCAUCACUGAAGUUAUCCGGAUUUAGAAGAAGUAAUGUCGGUGGUUAUGAGGAGUUCGAGACCGAAGAUAGUAAGGACAACAAGGGAUUUGAGGAUGAGAAAGGAUAUAGUAGAGGAGCUUCGUUUGAAUCACUUCCGGAGCCGGAGAGACCACCGUUGCGGCAUAUCGAUACUUAUUGCAUGCCAGAAUGUCCGUUCCUUUCCAAAAGAUAUACCAUUGCAUCUUUGGCUUGUAUAGGCUUUAUUAUUUCGUUUGGUAUGAGAUGUAACAUGGGCAUGGCUAAAUUGGUUAUAAAGAAUACCACCACCCAGGGGGAAAAUAAUACCGAACACAGUUUCAAGUAUAACUGGACGAUCGGCGUGGAAAGUGCCCUCGACUCCUCAUUCUUCUGGGGUUACCUUGUGACACAAGUUCCCGGUGGUUUUUUGGCGUCACUAUACCCCGCGAAUAAGAUAUUUGGCACGGCCAUCGCGAUAUCCUCUUUCCUGAAUCUUCUGGUACCUGGCGCGCUGAAAGUACACCCUGUCGUCGACAUGUGUGUGCAAGUGCUGAAAGGACUGGUUGAGGGUGUUACAUAUCCAGCGUGUCAUGGUAUUUGGAAAUAUUGGGCACCGCCUCUAGAGAGAUCACGUUUGGCAACAUUAGCGUUCUGUGGAUCAUAUGCCGCAAUGGUGAUAGGUAUGCCGCUAUCUGGAUAUUUGAGUUCCUGGUUUGGUUGGACAGCAUCAUUUUAUUUUUAUGGUAUUUGCGGUUUGAUUUGGUACGGUUUUUGGUUAUGGUUGGCUUUUGAGAAGCCAUCGAAACAUCCCUGUAUCUCGGCACGUGAAUUACGCUACAUCGAGGAUUCGCUCGGUCAAGGACAGACGAAAGUGCCUGUACCUACACUGGCGUCGACACCCUGGCGAAAGUUUCUCACCUCGAUGCCCGUAUACGCCAUCAUCGUUGCUAAUUUUUGUAGAUCAUGGAACUUUUAUCUGCUGGUACUCUUUCAACCACGUUUCAUGCACGAAUCCUUUGGCAUGCCGCUUGUUGAGACUGGAACCAUUGGAGCGCUCCCGCACUUGCUAAUGACGAUGAUUGUACCAUGCGGAGGUUUAUUGGCAGAUUAUCUUCGUAAACGCGGCAUCAUGUCAACGACGACUGUCAGGAAGCUUUUCAAUUGCGGUGGUUUCGGCAUGGAGGCACUUUUUUUCUUGGUAGUCGCUAGUGCAACAACAUCCAAGAAUGGAGCUGCGGCCACAUUUGCUCUUGCGAUAGGCGUCGCAUGCAGCGGCUUUGCUAUUUCCGGCUUCAAUGUCAAUCAUUUAGACAUCGCGCCUAGAUAUGCCAGCAUCCUGAUGGGCAUGUCGAACGGAAUUGGCACUAUCGCAGGCCUCUUGGUCCCUUUCUUCGUGGAUACUAUUACAGAAAAGAAGGAUCCAUACAGCUGGCGGAAUGUUUUUAUCAUAGCGGCAUGUGUUCAUAUUUUUGGAGUGACAUUUUACGCUAUUUUCUGCUCUGGUGAGUUGCAACCCUGGGCUGAUCCCACCUUGGAAGAGCAAAAGACUUGGAAUCCCAUGGACGAGUUCGGUCAGACAAAACCGCCCGUUCCACCUCCACCAAAAACCAUGCAAUCCGAAUUCAUAAAACAACCGUCCCGAGAUGAAAGCGUCACCGACAAUUGGAAUACUUACGAGCAGUCAACGCCUGAGGGCCAUCUAUAUCAGGACAAUAAAGCUUCCGUGAUAAGCUACGGUUCAAUGGAGACCAACAGCAACAAUCCAUUCCAUUCGACGAAUCCGUUCGCCACUGACAUCAGCGCGUCUUACGUGCAGCCGUCAGCGACGGAUGACUACACGCAUGACAUUAUGCAUCGUCAGCAGUAAAACCGAAAUCGAUGUCUGCAGAGCAAUUGGACCCGAAGAAAGCGGAUCGCUUCUAUGAGGUUGUAGACUACUUACAUCGUUAGUUAUCGAUCCGCCGGUUCCUCAGACAUGGCGCAUCUUCAUUAACGAAUAGUGAAAUCGGAUUUUGUUGAAUUCAAAAUUCAGAACAUGCACAACUUUAUUCAGCUUGAAAGAAGAAACUUAUUAAAAUACCUUAUUUUUCUUGUUAAAGAAAGUAAAGAUUUAAUCUAAUUUAUUAUUAAAUAAUUUAUUCUGAAGAUGCAUAAUAAUGUCGUUCUGUUCUGGUAAAGUUUAUUCAGCAGUAAAAGAUUAGAAUGAAAGAUCUUAUUGAAAUGUGUGAUAAAAUUAUGACGCGUGCGUGCUUGCGUAUGAAAAAAGUAAAAUAUAUACCUAUACAUUAAAUCUUCGUUAAUUAAGAAUUAACUAAGAUUGUUACUAACCAAAUUGCUUAAUGUGUUGAUUGUGACGUGUCUGAGGUCCGCGCGUGCCAUGGAUAUAUUUAUAAGUAAAAUUUGGUAUAGUAUAUGACCUGAGACUUCACAAACUCUAAAGUACAGUUAAAAAUAUUAAUAUUUUUAUGUUAAAUAUAUUUCCAAGUUUCUCGAUGAAAGCUCGAAGAGAAACGAAGAGAAGAAGUGCGCAAUCUUUUUGUUGAGCGUAAUACCUAAGAGUGCAGGGAUGAUGCUGUGUAUGAUCACAUGACUGGAUAACUGGACAAUAGCACAAGAAGGAACGUGUUCAGACAUUAUCUCGCUGUGUCAUUAUUAGAAUCGACAAUAUCGAUAUUUAUUUAUGUUUCGAGACAUGUGUAUACAUUAUUUUUUAGAGCAAUUUAUGAUAAAUGAAAAGGACUGAUACACAACACUUACAUACACACACACACACACACACACACGAAAACGACAAUAAGUCAUUACAAUCGUGCCUAAAAACGUGCUUUGUGUAACGCAAUGUUUUAUUAGGAAGAUACUUUUAUUUUAAUUUUUCAGACUUUUAAAAGUUAAACAGAAGUGAUUAAUUGACAAAAAUUUUAAAACUUCAUCUUAUUUAAUAUGCAAUUAGUUGCAUUACUAUACUUUUUACUUAUAUUGUUUUAAACCUUAAAGAUUAUUAAGCGUAUUGUUAAGUCAAGUUGUAUCGCGAUAAAAUAAUUCUCAUUAAUGCCAGCGUAGUCAUUUAUAAGAGAUUGUGUAAAGAGAGUGUGCUUUUAAUUUAUAGAAGUAAUUAUUGGAAUAUAGCUCAGACCUUCUUUAUCUUUAUCUUUUUGUUUAGAGUCGAAGGUUCUUUAGUAGAAUGUAUGCUACCAGUGACCAGGUCGAGAUGUGUCUCAAAACGACAAUAACUCAAAUCUUCGCAGACAAUAACUUUCUUCGCGAACAAUAAUUAACGGGAAGGUUUGAGAAAAUAGCAAUCACGAGUGAUCUCCGUGCGCGCGACAUAGCUAAAUCGCUGAAACUUUUAGGUAUUUCUAAUUUCUCGACUUGUCUUACUCCGAAUUAUGGAUUUGCUUACUUACGCGAAAUAAUAGGAACAUAGCAAUAAAGGAGGAGGAUUACGCGACUCGAUAUGAUAAAUGACAUACAUCGCGUCAAAAAGAAAAUUAAAGUUAUACACAAAGAGAGUAAAUUCCAUUUUGCGACUGUAUUGACGCGAGCAUCAUUCUAUCUCUGUUGAGUAUUCAGUGAGCAACAAAAACAGAAUGACGCUCAUAUCGGCGCGGUCACCAAAUGGAACUUACGCCAAAGAUGCGUGAUGUAUUUUUACGCACACUUUGAUAUAGUACAAUUAAAUUCGCGAUAAUGACGAUAUUAUCCAUACAAUGUAAAUAUCAGAGAAAAAUAUCUAUGGUUAUUCAGUAAAUGUCGAAAUUUUUCUCAAGUGUCUGACAACGUAUAUACCUAUUGAUUACAAAUUGAAGAGAAACAAACGAAAAUUAUUAUUGCAUUAAAACAUGUAUAUGUUUCGUGUGUAAUCAGACUUCUGCUAUUCGAUUAUAUUAUAUAAAGGAACAACUAAUUGGAGAGAGAGAUGCAAUAUUAAAAAAUCUCGAUAUCACGUGAUAUUUAAAUAAAAAAGAAAUAUCUGCAGAUAUUCACAAGAUAUUUAUGUCGUAUGGCGCGGUCACAUGGCGGUGAAAUUAGUAAAUUAGGAGAAGCACAAAGAAAUUGAAAGCAGAGAAAGGUAACAGUUGUUAAUUAAUCUUUUAAUCAGAUUAACAUUUACCGGAUGUAGAGCGCAAACUGUUGUGAAAAAUAAUAGAGGAGGACGAUCAUACGAAUCGGCGCAUUCUAAAUUAACAUUCUGACGCAGGUUCUUUUAAUUCCCCCGAGCUAAACUCAAAGAUAUUCGUAUCGCGAAUCUUAAAACGAAUGAAAGUAUAUGUAAGAAAGUGAUAAAAAACGAAAUGAAAGUACCGUUAGAAAGUAUGAUAUUAGUAGACGAAACUAAAUAAAAAUGAAUAUACAGAGAAGUCAAGAUAUCGAGAAGUAUAUUAGGAAAGAAAUAUAUAAUAUAUUAUACAUUGUCAUAUAUAGAUGUACUUCAUAUACGUAUACGUACAUACGUAUACAGUAUACGUAUCUGUACACAUAUACACAACACGUCGAUGCGCGCUUCUUUUAUUACACGCAUAUGAAUAUUUAUGUACGUUCUUUAUGAUCUUUACACACGCGUAUGCGUUAAAGACAAAACGGGACAUAUACAAGGAAACAGAAUAGGAAAUGCACGACAUAUUGUGCCGAAUUUUGCGGGCAAGAAUAGUAAAGAUUAAGGAUGCAAAUUAGCUAAUUACGAGUUAGUGCCAUUUUUUAUAUUACGCAAAGUAUCCAAUAAUAAUAUCGUGUGAUUAGCAUCCACGACGACAAGUUUUGUAAAAACUUUUGAUUUAUAUAUGUUUAGAUAAAUACUGAUUCUUAGAUAAAUAACAAUUUUAGCUCAAGAUAUAGAGAAAGUUAUUGAGAUAUUUAACAUUAAGAUUUAAAAAAAGGAAAAUACGCAAAUUCAAAGUAUCAAACUAAAAUUUUCAAAUCUUUUAUACCUAUAUAAAUUAUUUUAAUUUCUUAAAAUGAAAUAUUGCUCUGUGUUUGUUAAAUUCUGUUAUCGAACAUUCUAUAUAUGGAGAACAACGAUUGAAACAAGACUUUUGUUGCCAAUAAACAUGGAAGCUAGGUCCGAGCGUUUAAUAUCGAAAAUUGGACUGACUUGAAAUUAACUGAUACGAUUGCUGAGAUAAAUUUAAUCUUAUAUACAUAUACGUAUAUAAAUAAAAUACAUGUUACGUGGAAGAUAUAAAUAACGGUACAACCAGGUGUAAUAAUGUCACGUUCACAAGAACGCUUCUUCAUAAUAUGAAAUUGAUUUGAUCAUUUUCAAGCAUGAGAUAAUUAAAUGAAACAAUUAAUUUCUAAAUAAAAAGGUAUAUUUUUCUUAAGUAUUAUUUAAAACUUUGCUGGUUUGAACAUAAGAGUAUUUCACAACUAUCAAUAUAUCAUUGUACAUACAGUUGUACGUACAAGACAUGGGACAUAACAUCCUGUGCGUGUAUGAGCCUAUCAGCGGGAAGCGGAUAGCUAGACUUUCCGAUGGUCAAAGAGAAAUUACAAAAUUAGUCAAUUUAUGCGAGAUCCUUUAAAGUUAUUGACAUACCGAUAUCUAUGUAAUAUAUGUAUUGAUACACGGUAUCGGUAAAUGUCUCGCAUUCAUCGUCGAUAAAAGUAUAAGAUUAUACACGUAUAUAUGUCGUGCGGCAUACGUUAUUACACAUUAUACGUUAAUAGAAAUAUAAAUAUAAAAAAUAAAUAAAUAAGUAAUUAUCUAUUUAUUUAUUUAUUUAUUUAUUUAUUUAGUAAACAGAGUGAUUUUAGAAAUUGGAUUAAGUUACCGAUUUUUUAAAUAAAGAUGGAGAAAUGUUGUACAAAAAGUAUUUAACAAUAUCUAACUUAUUGUGACAUUGUUAAGUUCUUUUCAACUUUUUUCCUCUAACACAUUUCUCUAUUUUCACUUAAAAAAUUUAUAGUCUAGCAUUACAAUUUCCAGAGUUACUCUGUGUAUAUUAGUCAUAUCGUGUAAUUAUAUAUUAAAUAAUUAAUGACGUCAAUGCGUGUGAUCGAUACAUUUGAGAGUUAAGGCACAAAGGAAUGCUUGAAAAUAUUAAUUUUCUCUCAGACGCUUUACUGUGCGACAAUAAUAAUACUUAAAGCCUGAUGCACGUGUUAUAACAGAGCACCAGAUCUAGAAUUUAUAUAUAAUUAUUUGUUUAUAUAGUUAUGUAACUUUUUAUUAUAUCAUACAUUUAUAUGCAGGACGUUUAAAAAUGAUCAUAUUUGGUCAACUGGUUUCGAUGUUUCUUGUCAAAAACUAAAUAUGUUUUUCACAUAUAACAUGAUUAUAAUAAAAAUGAGAAAUUAAAGAAUAAGAAGUCUUUAAGUUGUUUUCAAGAUAUAAGCGAUUAAAGAAAUAGAAAUUUUUGCAAGUAUCGCAGAUGUAAACCUGUACUGAAAUAUAGUUUUUAGUUCUGUUUGAUUUGAAAAAUCUUUUUAACAAAUUACCGAAUCGGAUAUAACAUUUUUGAAUAUAAAUUACGAUAUUACAUUGGCACUUGAGAUGUUUUGAUUGAAAUACUGUUAAUCUCAGAUUUUUAGUUUGAAAACUACUUUUUGCGUCAAUUUUAAUUUUUAACGAAAUUACAUAAAGGAAGCAUCAUUACAGUUUUCGACAGGAAACAUCACUCCGUUCGCCGCAACAUGGCUGUUGCCAAACACCCUGCAUAUGCAAUAGUAAGAGUCUCAUUUUGUGACAUCAGUGACAAUGUUGAAUGAAUAAUAACAGUUGGCGAUUAAAACGCUCGUACCAAUGACGACACGAAAUGGCGAUGCUGCAAUGCACAUUUUUUGCUCGGUGCAUCGACCGUAUGCUUUAAAAAAGACACAUGAUGAUAGAAAGUCGGAAAUACACAUGCGGCACACUUGAAAUUAAUGGCAUGCAAUACGAUAACUGUCACCUAACUAUCAUGUACUGUCUGCAUCACCGUUGCGCUGAGAGAAACGAUUCGUUUGCUAGGCUUACAGAGAGAAGAGAGAAAGAAGAUCCAAAAUGUAAAUCACAGUAAUAAUUUCUGUGAAAACGAAAAAAACAAGGAAAGUAAAACGCUUUCUCUCGUCGUAUUUGAAAGGAAAAGUGUGUGUCGAUUAUUUUCAUACGAUCUCAGUUAUCGAUUAUUUUUGUAUAAGGAUCGAGUUGCAAUAACAUAUAAAAAGUUGUAUGGAAAAUAUAAAAGAGAUUAUAGAAAUCUAAUCUGGUUAAGAAAGAGAUCGAUUUUCAAUUUUGUUGGAAGAAUAUGGCGUACGUACACGGAAUAUUUCGUAUUUUAUUUUUUACCGAUUGACAUUAAAUCAUUUACUUGCGCAUGCGUUUCUUCCUAUAAAUAUUUAUAUAUCUUCUGCUCUAUUUACUUAUCUUCUCUUUUUCAUUUAAUUGCAUAUUUUCUUCUAUACAGAAUCAGUCACGCCGAUUACACAGCAAAGGUUAAAAAUACGCUAAGUUUAAAAAUAGAAUACAUAAAAAGUAUGUAUGUAAAGAGUAAAACAUAAUAUCAUCAAUAUGCAAUAAGUUGAAUAAAAAAAUAUAUAUACAAAGGAAAGAUAAGUGAAUAGCAGAAAUAUGCAGAAGGGGAAGAAAGAUAUAUAACGGAAUAUAUCUGUAUAUUUAUCAUUGUAUUCUCUCGAAGUAGUGACUGGCCUAAUGGUUAUUCGCGACUUUAUUCAUCAAACCGAGAGAGAGUUUCUGGACUCGAGAUAUAUCUAUUAUAAAAUAUUAUUAUUACAAGAAACCUAAGCUAAGUUCUAAUGCUGUUCGAACAAUAAUAUUGAUAAUAAUACUUACACACACAUACGCACACACGCACGCACGCGCGCGCGCACACACACACACACACACACACACACACACACACACACACACAUACAGUUCCAAUAAUAAUUAUGACAAUAAACAAAUGGAGCACGGGGUGGGGAAUAUAUAUGUCAGGAAUAUAUAUGCAGUUUAUUCUGAAAAUUCAUGAAUAUUAAAAAAAUACUUUACACGAACGAUUAUUGUUAUUGCGAGAUUGUUAACUAGACGAAUUAUUAGCAUAGCUUUACGUUCGGCACACCCUGUAUCGCUUUGUAACGAUUAGCUUUAUAAAUAUAUAUACUAUAUAUUAUAUAGGCGACAUUAUAGACAAAUUUCCUCGUGCAUUUGCUUUUUAUAAAUGCAAUCAGAGAGCAACUAAAAGAACACUGACUACAGAAUCCUUGUGUUUCUGUUCGUACAUGAAAAAAAGCUGAAAGUUAUAGUUAUUAGAAUGUUCCACAAAAGAUAAAAAGAAGCACGCAGAAAUAUGAUAAAAGUAUAAAUCAUCCAAAAUAACAUUUACAUUUUGCUUAAAUUAAAAAACUACUAGUAUAUUUUUGCGAAAAAUUUGCAUCACGACAUUGUCCAAAUGUGAAAGACAAAUGCACAAGAGCACAAGAUAAUUAAGUGCAUCAUGCAGGAACCAUAACAAUAUCAUCAAAUCUUUACAGCAUACAAAAGUUUGUAGAAUGUAUAAAAUGAUUGCAAAUGUUGACUUACGAAGAUAUAUGUAUAUAAUUAUUAUAUCUUCUUUCUUCCAACUUAUAUAUAACGACAAGAAUAUGCAAUACAUAACUUAAAUUAUUAAGAGAACCUCACAUUUUGUUUAAAAGAAAUUAAAUUGUUGUAAUCAUUUUUAACAUAUUUUCUGAGUUGAAAAAAAAACAUGGCAUAAAUGUGCACGCAAUACUUUUUGUUCACCAUUAAAAGGCAUGGUAGUAAUUUAAAAAUUUUGCGAUAUUAACAGAGAGACCUUAUAAUUUUAUACAUAUAUACAUAUAUUGUACUUGUAUAUUCUAGAGGAGAGGAUAAGCAUUGAACAGUUUACGAUUUGGAAUAUUAAUCACAUACAUACAUACACAUACACACAUACACAAAGUACAUUUCUAUACGUGUAUGUAUAUAUUAUUCAAUAUGUACAAUGCCGCGUAUACCGGCGUUCAUAGAUUAUUGCUAUUUGUAUAUUUUCCAGCAUGUAAUUAGCAUAUAAUACCAAUUUACGUAUUUCGAUUAAACAUUCGAAAGUAUCAAAAAAUUACUGUAUUGACAAUAACGACAAAAGUUCGUAAAAGAAUGAAAGUAAUAUGUUAUUAAGGACAAUAAAUGCGUAAUGUUUCACAUAUAUAUAUAUAUGUAUAUACACAUAGGGUGUCUGGUAAUUAAGAUACCAACGCAAAACAUGAUAGAGCGGAUUGAGCUUGAGUAAAAAGGUAUCAAUUUCCAAACAAUCAUGUAAAAUUUUCAGAUAUUAAAAAGGAUUGCCAAAUGAGAGCGCCGAGAUGCUUUUGACAUGCCAAUGGUUGUAUUACCUAGCAAUGAGCAUUAAUUCGCGGCAAAGUGGAGAGGGACAACGCGCCGCUGACAGUCUUUUCUAUUAUAAUAGUUUUAAUAGGUUGCUACCAUGAGCACCACGCCUAAUACCGCCUUGACGCGCUCUCAUUUGCCGAUUCUUUUUCUUUAAUAUCUCAAAAUUUGUGGUGGGUUGGAAAAUGACAUAGGAAGUUUUUACUGAAACUUAACUCGCUUUAUCAACUCCCGUGCGUUGGUGCCUCCAUUACCGGACACUCUGUAUACAUAUUAAAUAGCAAGCGACGCGAAAUUCUCGAGAAAUUUAUACAUUAUACGUAUAAAAUAUUUAUUCUCUGAUUUCAAUGAAAAAUUUGAGGUAAAGUUUUUAACGUUUAUUUAAUAUAUUGUUAGAAAUAUUCAAUAAUAAAUAUUUUAUCUUGCUUAACUAAUUAUACUAAUUAACUUAUAUUAUAUAUGUUAGAACACGAGAACGAGAAUUUCACGCCGAAAAUAUGGAAAGUAUUAAUUGAUAAACAUUACAUAUUAAACAUUUGAUGGCUUCGUAUUACGUAUCAAAUAUAGCAAGCUUCUUUUAUUGUCAUUAUUCCUGUUUAUGGAAUAUUUAAUUCGUAAUUACUGCUUUCUUAAGCGAUGAUCCUAAGAGACUAGUUUGUAUCAUACAAAAUGUUUCAUUGUUUAAAAGAAUUGCUUUGUUGUUGCUACAGUGAUAUUAUGAAUUGUUAUAGCAAUCGAGUGAAAGAAAGUCGCAUCUUAAGUAAUCUACGUUGAGCUUUACGUAAUUAGUAUGUCACUUAAACACCUUUUGGUUUUAAAUCACAUGUAUUUUAUCGUAUCUAGAAUGACGAAAUUUUGUUUUCGUAAAGCAUUCACUUCUUACGAAAGAGAAUUAAUUUUCAUAUUGUUCAAAGACUACCUGAGUUUUUCAACUAUAUCUAGUUGUUUUAGAAAUAUUACGUUAAAGCUUAACAGACAAUAAUGCAAUGUUAGUUACAUAUACAUAUAAACAUUUGUUAAGAAUAUUAAUGUUAUUAGGAUUAUGCAUAAAUCAAAAGCGUCUGCUGUUUCUUUGCAUCAUGCGAACACGAGUCUAGCGUUAAUGUGACACGCACAUAAUCAGGAUGCAUCGUAUUCAGAGUUUUCCGAUAUAAAGCGAUUUCCAUAAAUAUUAAUUGAAAUUAAUGAAAAUUUUAUCGAGAUUUUAAAAUCGAUUUCCAGAAAUCGCAACAGAAAGGAAAAUUUGAUUAAAUUUCAAUUAACAUUAAUUAAUUUUAUGUAAAUGGCGCAUAAGACCGCAUCAUAAGGAUGAAUGUUUAAAUAUAAACUUUUGAGAAAUGUAUUUCUUCUCAUUGUAAGUCACGCGAAAAACAAUUAAUGCGAAUAAAUAAAACCAUUUCAAUUGUUAACAAACAUUCAUCAUUUAUGUAACUUUAUUUUGUCCAUUAUCUUACAGUCUCGUUCUUCAUGGAAAUAAUUACAUAUAUUCCAGAAAUGUUUUCUAAUAAUCUUCGAAACGCGAUGACGUAUCUAUACGAUUACGAUGUAAUUGCAAGAAAAAAAUGCAUUUUUAAUCGUUCAUAUUAGUAGGCUUGCUCCAUAUUGUACAUGUAGUCGCAUAUUAGAGAUUGUUGUUACGUGCCAGUGCAAUCUGCAUUUUGUUACUGAUCGUUGCAACAAUAAUUAUUAUGUUAAAUAUGUAUGUAAUACUGUAAUUUUCAGUGUAUUAUGUAAUUAAAACAAGAUAUAUUGGCGGUUAUUGACAAUAAAUGCCAAACCAAUCUUUUCA